AAAGCAAUGAUUGGUUUAGUCUUAAUGAAUGACAGUUUCGUAAACCAAUUGAAUUGCAUUUAACUCAAUGUUUGACUCUAUUUGUAAUGAUUUGAGUAAAUAAUUAAUAAUUAAAUGUUAUUUACAUUUGUUUUAUAAAUAAUAUUAAUGUUUAUAACAAUCGAUGGAUUUCUAUGAUUAUGAAGACUCAAGUGAUAGUCAAGACGAGUAUCAAUUGUAUGACAAUAGUGACAGUAAUAGUGAUAAUGAUGUGAAUGAGUCGAUUGAGAUCAUUGAAGACAUGGACAGUGAAGAUAACAGACAGAUGACUGAUCAACACAUCGAUGAUCACACUUAUGCAUCAAAUCAUGUCAACAAUGAACAAGAGAUGCAACCAAACAGUGACCAAAUGAUUGAUAAAUCAGAAACCAAAUCAUCAAUCAAUUUAUCAAUACUUUGCACACAAGAAAACGGUGACAAUAAUUGUAUCAUUUGUACUGAAUUGUGGACAAACUGUGGUGAACACCAAUUGGUGUCUUUAUGUUGCGGUCAUCUGUUUGGUCGUAAAUGUAUAGAGCAGUGGUUGGAUCCAAAAAAUAAACAAAACCAGAGGUGUCCUCAAUGUAAUCUAAAGGCAAAAAAGAAAGACAUUCGUGUUCUUUACGCCAGAAAUUUGCGUCCGUUGGACACGAGUGAGAGGGAUAACGCUCUGGAAAUGUUGCGAAAGGAAAGACUUCUUAGACAAAAGUUAGAGACGGAAGCAAUUGAAAGUACAGUUAAAUUGAAAUCAGUUCUCGAAGAAAAUGAAAGACUUAAGAAAGAGUUUAUGGAUUAUCAGAAGAGAUCAAAUUCGGGAUCAAAGUCUAGAAUUUUAGAGAGUAUUAAUAGAAGUAAAUCAAUGGUUGAUUUCAAUAAAAAUGCCGAUCGUUUCCAAUAUUUGAAGAAUAUUGAGAUAAACACUUGUGGCGAAUGUAAACAUUUAGGAUAUUCAGCACUUUUUGAGAUCAUUGCUGUCUCUCAACCCAAUCCUAACAAUCAAUUGUUUCCUGGAUUUGGUAUCAAAAAGAUAUUUCUCAAUGAUUUUAAAAGUGAUAACAUUUGUAUUCAUUCAAAGCCAAUCAAAGACCUGGAGAUAAAUGCAUACGACGGAACCAUUUUGACCACUUCUUUAGAUAAAACAGUAAAAUUGACAUCACUUUUAAACAAAAUGUCUAUUUUAUCGUACACUCUUGAAUCAGAUGCAUGGAGUAUCACAUUUAACCCAAAAAAGAAGGACGAGUUCUAUGCGGGACUAAACAACGGACAAAUUCUUUUGUUUGACACUAGAAUGAUGUCUUCAUAUGUGGAUAAACUGGUUUCACCCGACAGAUCACCAGUUGUAUCAUUAAAUCACAUGGAUUUUCAAACACUUGAUGGACCUAUUAAUGGAAUCCUUUCGACACAAUUUAAUAAUUUUAGUUUAUAUAAGAGAUUCGAUGGUUCAUUAAAUGCCGUUAAUUUUACUCCUAUAAAAAUACCAAUUGAGGGUAGAUUUGGUUCAUCACACGUCGAGUCCAAAUCUGGUUUAGUCUUAUUGUCGUGUCGUCCAUCUUCAAGACAUAUCAAUACUACACAUUUUGCUAUGGAGUUAAAAGCAUCCAUUGAUGCGGACAACGAGUAUAUAAUAGAACCCGAAAUUAUAAAUCGUUUUGAAGGCGGCAAACAACAGGUCAAACUGACCCGAUCUCGCAUUUUUGCUCAUCCAUACAAUGAGAACUCAGCUCUCAUUUGUGCUGGAGAUGAGUCAGCACAGGGAGCACUCAUAUGGGAUUUAGGUUCAACCAAAUGUUUGCAAAAAUUAAAAUGCGAAUCAACUGUUUUAGACAUGUCUUUACUUCACAAUUCUAAUACAAACAGUUAUUUUAUGUCUGCUUUAACAGAAAGUUCAAUAAAAUUUUAUAAAUUUAUUCAAUAAUAAAAUAUUAUAUUAUGAU